GGUCACGACUCUUAUCUUUUUCUUCGUUCGCAGGUCUAGUGACUAUUCACAGCGUCGCAAUUUAGACUAUCGAUACUGUCGACAUCUUACAAUAACGGUUAUGCUUGAGAGCAAGCCAGGCAUGAUGCUCUUCUUUCCUCCCAUCCUUCAAUCGAUCAAGCAUCAUUUCCUUGCAACUUCAAAUGAUGAAGCUUCAUUUUCCUCCAAACGAUGCCCUCUGUCCAAGCCUUCCAUGCGUAUUGACAACGCGGUGCUCCUCUAUCUGUUCCAGCCCAUGGCAUCUUUCAUCUUCUCUACUUCCUUCAUCAGAUAUCGCCACUGUGCGCAGUUUCCAUCCCUAGCAAAUAUCCUUGCUGCCUCCUCGACCAAGUUUUCCAAUUCGGAAAGGGGGCUGGACUCGAACCUACUAUAGAACGAUGAGAAGAAAAUUACAUCUGUGAUUCAGAAGAUUCAAACCACUUUACCUGUACCUGUGUAUUGCAAUCACAUGUUCUUUGCAAAUUUAAUAACCAAUGAUCGAUACAUUCUACCAGCCUGCUUCCCAAAAUUAUUGUAAAGUAACCCAAAGAAGUUCAGGAUUAUUCGCAUCCAACCAAUCCUUGUUUAACACCAGUGCUCGAAUUCCUUCCCUUCACCCUCAGCACACCAUCUGCAUCUUCUCUCCCUUCCUUUGCCUUUAUCUGAUUCCAAUCCCAUAGUCUUUCUUAGUGCAACUAUUUCCUUCCAGACUAUGUCGAGAUCUGUUGUCGUCUUGAUAUAUUGACCGUGGUAUGAGUUGCUUCUAUCAACGUCGAUGGGAGGUAUACCAUCUCGGGCUUUGAUUUCAUCCCAUCGUUUGUAUAGGACAAUCAGGGCUGCCAGCGGAGACUCGUCGGGUUUCAAUUCGGAUGGCUUUUCUUCCAUUCCUGUUGCCUUCUUGAAUUUUCCGUAUAAUAUCUUCAAGGUUUUCUGAAAUGGUAGCCUCAAAGUUUGCGGGAUCUUAAUGAACGUUGUGUUUUGUUGGAUCUAUUGUGGCAUUUUGGGUAGAUGACUGAACAGGUUACAUUUUAUGGUGUCCCGAAAGGAGUUACCUUACAAUGAUUCACCUGUCGUACUAAAUGGUAUCGGACUCUCUUGCUAUGUUCCUCAUGCUGAAGAAAUACGGCAGUACUGAUGAAGCGAUACAAUGAAUUUCGGGAUAUGUAAACUAAUGGGCUUGUUGGAGAGACUUUAGUACUGUUUGUUUCAAUGGCAUUCCGAAUGAUUCUUUAACCCCAAAAUCCACAAUGUUGAGAUUGGAUAAAAUCCCUUCCCUCUGGGUCAGCAUCACAAACAACUACUUGAGAUUCGACAUGAUAUUCAAAGGUCACGCGGUAUUUGGGGGGUGAAUAAGUCCUGCGUCUUGUCUUAUAUUGCCAAAUUCAAAUUACAGUACCUUUAGUACUUUAUUAUUUUAACAGCUAUAUUGAUUCUGUUAGGCAUGAGCAUAUCAUUUUUAAUCUCGAGAUCAGCAAUAUCCUCUGGGUGUACUCUUCGCGCAGGGACAAUUCUAAGGAUCCAGUUCACCUCAACAGGAUAAUUCAUUGCUGCUGGCAAGUAAAGUCACUACAUGCUUUUCGAUCAUUUUUCGUGUUCCUUAGUGGCCUCAGAGUAUAACAGUCUGCACCGUAACACCUCCCAGUCUUUUAGCUAGGUAUAAACCUAUGCUUCUUCCUGUCAAUCUACUUAUCUCAGUCAAUUUUAUACCGUAGGCAGCGCA